AUGGUCCUCAGAAUUGCUGGCUGGUUGCUGACUUUCGACCAAGUUCGAACGUGGUUGGAGCUGGGCAGGCGCGACUGCAAGAAUCUCGAGCCUUACGAGCUUUCCGGGGAACUAGAUGAUUGGCUCCUGGAGAGGAAAAUUCAGGACAUGACUCCCAUUCCGACUGACUAUCCUCACGGAAGCAAGCAGCCAGUUAUCAUUCUGACAACGAGAUACUACCAGGAUCCCACUGCGUCGGUGGCGCACUGGAAGCGCUUCAUGGAGCGAGACGUUGACCGGGAAAUCAAGAGGCGGGUGUUGGAGGAGACCGGGUUUAAGGACGACGACUUGCGCUGGGUCACUGUUGUCGAUCCGUUCUUUCAGUACUCUGUGGUGUACAAGAAUCCCAGGAACUAUGCCCUCUGGCCUGAGACCGGCAGGCCGCCUGAGAGUGAUGGAGCCGAAGAGAAGGCGGAUGGAGGCAAGGAAGUAGAGAAGGGAGACAAUGCGGAUGGAUACAAGGCAGUGGAGAAGGGAGACAACGAGUACGGAGUUAAGAAGGAGGAAGGCGACAAAGCGGAGUAG